AUGUCAGACUCUGCUGCCCUCGUCGCUCGGUAUCUGAAAACAAACGGCUACGAUGAGACACUUUCUGCUUUCAUCAAGGAGGCGGGCCUGAAGCCAAGUGCUGGCACCGUUUCUAGAGGAGACUUGACGAUAGAGCAAAUCCUACAUGAGAAGCAAUCUUUCGACCUGUCGGUUCGGUUCGAGAAGACCGCCAUAGAUGACGAAGACAAGGCCUGGCGGAAGCCAUCCCCGUCGACGAGUUCGAUCGUCGAGUGCUUGCCGACCUCGUCAAACGUCCUUUACGUUUCUGCGGACCGGCUGGCACUCGGCGGAAGCGAUGCUCGGUCCAUUAUCACCGCAACGACAGCGGAUAGGCGCUUGAACUUUAUCGAUCCAGACGGACCUGAGUUCCGCAUGCUGGGGUCCUUGACUUAUCUGCAAGAUUCGCCGAUCCUCUCAUGUCUCGUGCUGCAGCAGCGCUAUGUUGUAUGCGCAGGCAUGUCAGGCAAGAUCAUAAUCUUUGACUGCCACAACGACGCCAUCAUAGAGGAAAGACGCGAUCACAUGAAAUAUGUGGUUAAGGUCGUCGGCUGGCAGGAUCAAGAAGGUGUAUGGAUAGCGACGGCCGGCUGGGAUGCCAAGGUUCUGUUGUACCGCGUUGCGCUGCAAGAUGAUGCACCUUCCCUUGGUGCACCUGUCGCGUCUCUGACAGUUGCAACGAACCCGGAAACACUACUGUUUGUGGAGCAUCCGGAGAGUUCUAUUCCGGUGUUGCUCUUGACGCGGAGGGACUCCACGUUCAUGUACUACUACACCUUACCACUUUUGCCAAUAGACAGCGGACGAUUACCGGCCACGCUUCAGCUGCUUGGGAAGCAAAACCUUGCCCCUCACUCAAACGCAUGGGUCGCUUUCACUCCUUCGGCCGUUGCUGUUUGUCCAACCGACCCGACCGUGGUUGCGGUAGCGACAUCUACCGUUCCUCAUAUGAAGCUCCUUAUCGUACGGCUACUGCUUCCGUCAAUCCAGUCCGAGGGUCCAACAGUGCCGCCUAGUUUUGCAGAUGUCAACGUCAUACCUACAAGCCCAGUUUCGAUUCUUGACCGGCAGGACCUUUCAAGGCCGACCCAAGCGUCACAGGCACGAGCUGCUCUUGCGAUCCAAGACCGAGAAGCAGCGGCUAUCCUCAUCAGCUGUAAUACUUUGGCGCCUCAGACUCAAUACUCAACUCCCGCUCUUGCCUGGAGACCUGACGGUAGUGGCGUGUGGGUUAACAGUGAUGACGGGGUUGUCAGGGGUAUUGAAGUUAGCACAGGUAAGGUCGUUGCGAACCUCGAAGGCCAUGUCGCUGGCUCAAAGGUACGCUGUCUUUGGGCAGGGUGUGUAGAUGGUGGCAAUGGAGACAACGAGAAGGAGGAACUGCUUGUCAGUGGCGGCUUCGACCAGCGGCUGAUCUUGUGGAGAGCUGAAAGGGCUUCUGACCGCGAAGAUGCGAUCAAUGAACGUACCUGA